AAGAGAAAAAUGGCAGCUCACAGGUGCAGCUACUCGGCCGUGUUGUUGAUUAUUUGUAGUUUGUCAGUGUUUACUGUAGCAGACAGUCAAGACACGAAUCCAAAUGGUGAUCGCCACGGCACUCUGAUCGAUAACCCACAAACAGCCACCGAAACAGCGGGAGAAACAGCCGAGCAGCCUGCAGUGGAGGAGAGGCGCUGGGUAGCAACUAAGGUGGAUGGGAAGCCUGCGGAUGAUGCUGCUAACGGCGAACAGCCUUCUGAAACCGUGGUCCCCUCAUCGGUACCACUGCCCAAAGAUGAUUUUCAAGAGGAGCUGGUCAUCAGACCGCUGCACUCAGGAGACAUUUAUGCCAGCUUCCAGUUCCGCACCCUGUGGGAGACUGAUUUCAUGAAAGGAAACAAAGUGUCCCACUACCGCCUGUUUCCCAAGUCUCUGGGCCAGGUCAUCUCCAAGUUCUCAGUGCGAGAGCUGCACAUCUCCUUCACGCAGGGCUACUGGAGGACCAUGCAGUGGGGGCAGCCCUUUCAGCCAGCCCCUCCUGGGGCUGAACUCUGGGUGUGGUUCCAGGACUCUGUGACAGAUGUGGACGGCACGUGGAAGGAGCUGACCAAUGUUCUGUCGGGUAUCUUCUGCGCUUCUCUGAACUUCAUUGACUCCACCAACACAGUUCAGCCCAGUGCGUCCUUCAAACCGCUGGGUAUAAGCAACGUGACGGACCACCGCUUCCUUCGCUAUGCCACCCUCCCACGAGAGAUUGUUUGCACUGAGAAUUUGACGCCCUGGAAGAAACUCUUGCCAUGUGGAUCCAAGGCUGGUCUCGCCGUCCUGUUGAAGUCAGAGAAACUCUUCCACAGCAGUUUUCAUUCCCAGGCAGUGCACAUCAGACCCGUGUGUCAGGACUGGGAGUGCAAAACCUCGUCCUGGGAGCUGAGGCAGACGCUGAAUGUGGUCUUCGAUCUGCACACCUCUGCACAGAGCAAACGAGAGUGGUCUCUGUUUAAGAUGUUCGCUCGGACCCUGACAGAAGCUUGUCCACUGGCCUCCUCCAGUAAAAUCUACAUCGAUGUCACAGACAACCCUCAGGGGGAGCAGUUUGAGGUGACCCCGGCCAGUCCCCUGCUGAGCCAGGCAGUGGUGCUGGGCGACAGACGAACCUUCUCAGUCUACGAUCUGACCCAGCAAGUCACCUUUGGCACCGUGCGCUCCCUCAACCUGCUGAUCCGCUGGAAGUCCAGUGAGGGUGACACGCUGCGUCCCCUGCUCCACGCCGAGCGUUACGUGGCUGGUUACGGGCUGCAGACAGGAGAGAUCCACACGCUGAUGUACAACAACCACCCCUACAGGUCUUUCCCCGUCCUGCUGCUGGACUCGGUGCCUUGGUAUCUUCGCCUCUACAUUCACACCCUCACCGUCACCAGCAAGGGAAAGGACAACAAGCCCAGCUACAUCCACUACCAGCCGUCUAAGGACCGUGUGAGGCCCCACCUGCUGGAGAUGCUGGUCCAGCUUCCUCCCAACUCCGUCACAGAGGUCACAGUGCAGUUUGAGAGGGCUCUGCUCAAGUGGACUGAAUACACUCCUGAUCCCAACCACGGCUUCUACGUUGGGUCCUCGGUAAUCAGCUCGCUCGUACCAAGCAUUGUCGCCAUGGAUACAAAUAGCACCCGGGAACGUCCACUCUUCAGCAGCUUUUUUCCGUGUAAAGAGGAGUCCAGCUACUUCGUGCGCGUCUACACGGAGCCUCUGCUGGUCAACCUGCCAACUCCAGACUUCAGCAUGCCCUAUAAUGUCAUCUGCCUGACCUGCACCGUGGUGGCCGUGGGCUACGGCUCCCUCUACAACCUGCUGACCCGGAGUUUCCAGAUAGAAGAGCCCAGCCCGGGAUUGGCCAAGCGGAUAGCCAACAUCAUCCGCAAGAUGAGGGGCGUGCCGCCGCUCUGAGGCUGGGCACACAGCUGACUCUGCUUUUAGACAGGAAGUUUUCUUUUUGGUAAAACCACUGGUAAACAUGAUAUUCAGGGAGGAACGGGGGAGGAGUCGAGCACUGGUGUGAAUGUUUUUAAAACAUUUUGUAUUUUGGUUUGUAUUCAGGGUGAUAUUUUCCUGCAGCCUAAGGACAAUGUGAACCAAAGCUGUGCAGCGUACUGCAGCGGCAGCUGCAUCAGAUUGUUUUUGUUUUGUGGAUGUUUGAAGCCAUAACUCCAGUGCAUCAUAAUAUAGCCACAAUAUAUCUGAGGCGUUUUGUUGCUGUGAUGACACUUUGGUACAAUUCUGCUUCCACAAAUAUGAGACUGAUGGCCUCACACAACAUUACGAAGCCUCAGAGCUCAGAUGGAAAAAGGAUGGACGGACCUGUUGAUCAUUAUCUCCCUGCUCGGAAAGAUGAACUAACUCAGCCAGAGUGUCACAGUUCCUCUAACCUCACUUAAUGCCAAGAUAUCAAAUAGCUCUAAAAUACAGAGGUUCCCUCGUCCGAAGUCUAACUGUGGAACAUCCACAAGCAUGUCCUCUGCAUUAAAAGGUUCCUGUUUCAUUUGUAUUAUCUGACAGGUGUUUUAUAAAAGUUUUAAUAUAUGAGAAAACAACAGCCCACAAAAAUACUGAAAAGGUACCAAAACCACAGACAUGAGCAGUAAGAUCACAUGUCUGCAUGUCCCUCUUACAGAAUGUUUAUUUUGCACUCAUUGGUUGUCGGAUGCAUGCUUGAAUGUUAUGGAGAUUGUCUGGAGGUCUCUUCAUAAUUACUUGCCUUUAGUCAGUCAGGUUCUUCACUCACUCACUCAUCAGUUUGAUGCAGUUUCAGCUGGUCUUACAGCCAACAGGAGUCUUUCAUUAUGGAAAUGAUGGAAAAUACUACCAUACAAGGGCAACACUACCCUCUGUCAUGCAUGUCAGCCUAGAAGUGCAUUCUGCUUCUCUUGCUGUGAAAAAGUGUGCAGAAUGUGAAUGUUUGAAGCGAGUGUGUGUGUGUGUGUGAGUGUGCGGCAAAACAGAAAAUGUCCUUUACUGCCUUUUCAAUAAACUGCUA